GCCAGCGCCGCGGGGCCGCCGGGCGCGGCGGUGCAGGUCGUGGACGCCGGGGGCGCCCGCGGCAGGAUCCUCGUGGUGGCCCCGGGCCGCCGCCUCGCGGAGGGCCAGGUGGUCUUCGCCGACAGGGGCCUCAUGGUGAUGCGGGCGGGGGAGCACUUCGAGGUGGCGGCGGGCCCGGGCGGCGGGGUGCUCGGCCUGAGGCACAGAAACUACGGGCAGGCGGUCGUCGACGGCUUCUACGCGCUGGCGCCCCCGGACCGGGCGGCGGUGAGGGCGCUCUUCUGCCCCCAGAGGCCCUCCCGCUACCUGGAGUCCGAGUUCGGGGAGACGGGCGCGAGGCUCGAGGAGAAGGUGCAGAUCCCCCCGGAGGGGUCGGCCGCUGAGGCGUGGGCCGUGCUGCGCGCGUUCAAUUGCAACGCCCAGACGAUCUUCCACCCGCAGACUGGCGAGAUAGACACGCUCGCCGUCUACCCCCUGCACGCCCCAACCCCCCGGCGCAUGAACCACUCGUGCUCCCCCAACGUCGUCAAUCGGUUCGGCGGCGGCGGGUGCCUGGAGGUCCUCGCGCUGCGGCCCCUGGGCCCGGGGGACGAGCUCUGCCACUCCUACGUGGACGAGCGGGCGCUCUCGCUGCCCGUGGCCCAGAGGCGAGAGAACUGCGCCGCGCCUGGGGCUUCGAGUGCGGCUGCGGCCGCUGCCAGACGGAGGAGGCGUCUGCGCUGCGCGCCACCGUCGGCGGAGGUGCCCCGCCGUCGUCUGGCCGCCGCGCCGGCUCCCUGCGCUUCGAGGUCGGGCUGCUGAAGCCCGCGGGGGCCAGCCUGGGCGUCAAGGUGCUCUUCAACGACGCGCAGCCUGGCUUUGGCAUCGGCAUCAGCGAGGUGCUGCCCUCGGGCGCCGUGGCCGACUGGAACGCGGCGGCGCCGCCGGACUGCGUCGUGCGGGCUGGCGAUCGCAUCGUCGCCGUCGGCGGAGCCUCCGGCGUCUCCGAGAUGGUGCGCGGCCUGCAGGCCACGGGGCGGCUGCAGCUCCUGAUCGAGCGCGGCUAGCAGCUUCGGUCGCCGCUGAGCUCGGUCUGGUGGACCCGGCCUCGCGUGUGCUCGGUUCAGCUCUCUCGCCGCGCCGCCGGCGCCUGCAGCGGCGUGGCGCGCUCGGCGUUGCGAGUGGCAUCGCCCGCGCGGACAGGAAA